AUGGCGACUUCUAUCCAUACUAUGGCAGGUGAUGGAACCCUUACUGAAAGCGUUCUGAAGAAAUUUCUAGCUGAAGGAGGCAGAGUUGACGACCAGGACGACAACGGUUUCACACCUCUCAGUUAUGCGGCCAGGAAUGGCCGACUAAGUGUAGUCAAGCUUCUGAUCAAGACGGGGGGCGCUUCUGCGAAUGCAAGGAACCGAAACGGUUCUAUUCCACUCUAUGAAGCCCUCUCCGGCGGAACUAACCGACACAACAUCAUAAAGGAGCUCAUUCCCAAGACUAGCCCGGCCGAAAUAGAAGGGCUGUCCACGGGCAAAAACUGCCUCAUCCGUGCCAUUAAGCAGCAGGACGCAGACGCUGUGAAGCUGUUGAUCCAACACGGUGCCAGCUUAGAAGCAAAAGAUGCCACGGGUAAGACAGCCAGGCAAUAUGCCACAGAAUCUGACAGUUUGGAAAUCCAGAGAGCUGUGCUUGCACCCGGCGAGAAGAAAUGGGUGCCCGAGCUUGUCAAUAUGCUGGUGAGCCUUGUGCUUUUCGUUCUGGCCUACGUCGAUAGCGGUUCCUUGAAAGGCGUCGCCCGAGGCACCGUGUCCAAGCUGUAUCACAUUGGAUCUUUGCAGCCUGAUCCGGAUAUUGCCAAGGAAAUUCAACAUCCACAGACCGUCGACGAAUUCCUGUUCGACCUCGGAGACUACGUCAAGAGCAGCAAUCUAGGCCAAUUCUUCCCCGAUGACGACAAUUAUCUGACACAAGUGGCUGAGCGGGCCAUCGAACUGAAGAACGACCCCCGGAACAAGACAGGGAAACCAGGUGAUCUCAGAGCUUUGACGAGACUGGCGCUAUACCAGCCCGUGUUCUACUGUGACGACAGCGGCUCUAUGUUCGGGGCGAAUUCCGCCACGGAUAAAGGGAUUCGCAUGGACGCUCAACGAGCCCUCGUCAAGCGCAUGGCUUCCAUUGCAACGCGGCUCGUGCCCGAUGGCACGGGCGCUCAUCUUCGCUUCAUCAACAGCAAUAAUGGAGGCGACAACCUCACCCAGCAGCAGCAGUUUGAUCAAAAGAUGCCUACGGAGGGCCAGGGUGGCACGAACAUCGGUGGAAGCCUGCAUGACAAAGUUUUGGAUCCUUUAAUCUAUGAAAAACUCAAGUCCAAGACUAAGCUGAGCCGCCCAUUUCUCAUUAUUACCGUCACAGACGGCUGUCCGGAUCCGGAAAACGUGGAUGUUUUUAAGAACUCCAUCAUCACGUGUUUGAAGUGGCUGGAUAGCUAUCAAUAUCCUCCCGAGUCUGUCAAGUUUCUCGUGAGCCAGGUCGGCGACGAUAAAGAAUCGACUAAAUUUCUCGAUUCUUUGGCUGGAGAUGCUGCUGUAGAUCAGGUACUGCACCGUACAGCUGAGACUCUUGAUAGCAAGUAUGCUGCAUUGAGGGACAACGAAGCCGGCCUUGAAGAAUGGCUUACGUAUGGGCUAUCUAGCUUAUAA